GUCGAGAAUGGUGCGGCCUUGAGUUCAUGGACGAGAAUGGCGGUUGGACAUGUCUGCAGCCUUAGAAUUGAUGAGAGUGGGGCCCGAAUCAUGAAGGUUGGUAGCUAGCCAGAAACAAGCUGGCUACGCUUGAGCAGCGGACGAGUUAUUGUUGAGACCUGGUGAAGUUUCUCGUCUGCAUGACAUGUGCAGCAAACUGAGUUGCAGACUUUGGCACGCAAUGCAGGUGCAACUGCUAGUUGCAGAAGACCUGGUACUACACGCAGAGUUGAGAAGUUGAGGUUGCUGCGCAGACCUGCUUUACCACUCAUCUAGUCCUCUUAGCUGCACUUGGUCAUCAUCGACAAGCCAAUUUGCCGGAAUCAAAUCCUCGAGACCAAACCACAGCGCUACACACGCCCGGCAAGAGACCGAAAUCAGUGUGUAAGGCUCGCUGAAUGUGACACUGGUCUCGAGGAUAGCGCGUCUCCUGGUUCUACGUGAAUAGAAAAGAAUUUGAUAACUGCCAACUGAUGGAUUACUGCAAGAAGUAUGUCGAUGACGUGCUCCUUCAAGUCGGAAUGCUGGUGUCAGCAGCAGUUGCCGCUAUGUCCUGGUGCCUUUCCAAUUCUGCUAACGCCACUCUGUCCACCUACAUAACAUGCCUGCUCCCGGCGCUUCUCAUCAUUGUUCCAGAUUGGACAUACUUCAUGCGCGGACCCGGAGAUUGGUCGGAUGUCGUGUUCGUGGAGCCGGUGGUAGGUUCAACGAAGCAGAUCCGGAGGCUCGAGUUCGAGCGAGAUAUGGAGCUGAUAGCCAACGGGACUUGGCAGCUGCAGGAUUCCCGCCCCCGCCGUUUUCGAUGACAGUGAAAUCGAAAGUUGAGCAAAUAAAUCUCGCUUAAACACUUUCAGUGUCUUGCAAGUUUUUCAGUAACCAAGUGACGGAGUAGAAUUAUCCUAAACGAGAUGAGGUUUGGGGUUUCCACUUCACUUGCUGUGCUGUUGUUUGUGAAUUCAGUGAGCUCAUUCUAUGAUCUUAUCUGUCUUCGAACAACUGAAUACAAGCCUUAUCAGGCUGUGGGUCAGUAGAAAUCCUACGACCACGUCCAUGAAAAAAAUAUUACAGAUUUAAAAGUAUUUCAAUUCUCUCCUCCA